GGCAAGGCUACGUCUGCGGACGGAAGCGCAGCGGAGGAGGUGGCUGUGUGUCUGGGGCUGCGCUGCAGGGAUGGAGACGUCCAGGUGGGAACGGAGCCAGCUGACAUCCGACUUGGCUUGUUUUACAGGAUACUGCCCACGACGGGGUGGCCGCCCCUCCCGCCCCCAGCGCAGCGAAAUCCAAGCUGGAAACCCUGCCCAAGGAAGAUCUCAUCAAGUUUGCCAAGAAGCAGAUGAUGCUGUUACAGAAAACAAAAUCAAGGUGUACAGAAUUGGAAAAAGAAAUUGAUGAAUUCAAAUCAAAACCUAUUGAUGGAAGAACUGAUGAUAUUAUUAAGGCAUUGACUGAGCGCCUAGAUGGUAUUCUUCUGGAGAAAGCAGAGACUGAGCAGCAGUGUCUUUCUCUGAAAAAGGAAAAUGUUAAAAUGAAACAGGAAGUUGAAGAUUCUGUAACUAAAAUGGAAGAUGUGCACAAGGAGUUUGAACAGUCACACAGAAACUAUGUGAAAGAAAUUGAAAGUUUGAAAAAUGAAUUGAUGACAGUACAUUCCAAACACAGUGAAUAUAAGGCUGGCUUACAAAAGGAGCUAGAAGAAGCAGUAAAUAAACAGGCAGAGCUUUCAGAACAACUUAAAUUUCAGAGUAGCUCUGAAGACAAUGUUAAAAAACUGCAAGAAGAGAUUCAAGAAAUGAGGUCAGCCUUUGAGGAACAAGUUUUAUAUCUGCAAAAGCAGUUAGAAGUCACUACUGAUGAAAAGAAGCAAGCGGUUACUCACCUCCAAGAAGUCAUGGAAGCAAAUUCUCAGCAUUACCAAAAAGAUAUUAAUCAUUUGCAAGAAGAACUUUUGCAGUUGAAAGCUGCACACCAACAAGAAGUGAAAGAACUGACACACCAGUUUGAAUCAUCAGCUAAAGAACAUGAAGCAGAAAUAAAUAAGUUAAACCAGCUGAAAGAGUACUUAGCAAAACAGUAUGAGGCCAGUGAGAAGACCAUUCGUGAGAAAUACGAAUGUGAAUUGGAAAACCUAAGGAAAGCCACCUUGGAUGCAAACACAGACCAUCAGGUGGGUCCUGCCCUCCUACAGGAAGAUACUUUUGUAGAACAGGUAGUAAAUGAAAAAACCAAAUACUUAGAGGAUUCCUUAAAAGAACUGGAAUCUCAACAUAGUAUCUUAAAAGAUGAGGUAACUUAUAUGAAUAAUCUUAAAUUAAAACUUGAAAUGGAUGCCCAACAUAUAAAGGAUGAGUUUUUUCACGAACGAGAAGACUUAGAAUUUAAAAUUAAUGAACUAUUAUUAGCUAAAGAAGAACAGGGCUGUGUAAUAGAAAAAUUAAAGUAUGAGCUAGAAGAUUUAAAUAAACAGUUUUGUUGUGCUAUAGAACAGCAUAACAAAGAAGUACAAAAUCUCAAGGAACAACAUCAAAAAGAAAUAUCAGAACUAAAUGAGACAUUAUUGUCAGGUUCAGAAAAAGAAAAAUUAACAUUAAUGUUUGAAAUACAGGGUCUUAAGGAACAUUGUGAAAACCUGCAACAAGAAAAGCAAGAAGCAAUAUUAAAUUAUGAGAGUUUGCGAGAGAUUAUGGAAAUUUUACAGACAGAACUGGGAGAAUCUGCUGGAAAAAUAAGUCAAGAGUUUGAAUCAAUGAAGCAACAGCAAGCAUCUGAUGUUCAUGAACUUCAGCAGAGGCUUAGGACUGCAUUUAAUGAAAAAGAUGCUCUUCUUGAAACUGUGAAUCGUCUCCAGGGAGAAAAUGAAAAGUUAUUACCUCAACAAGAGUUAGUGUCACAACUUGAAAAUACCAUAAAGAGCCUUCAAGAGAAGAAUGAAGUGUACUUAACUAGUCUCAGUCAAAGAGACUUGAUGAUACAAGAAAUAGAAGCCAAUGUAAAUUCUUUAAAGGAGGAAAAAGAUGAUUUCAUAAGUAAAAUUAAAAAUUCUCAUGAAGAGAUCGACAAUCUACAUAAAAAGUGUGAAAGGGAAGAAAGCUUGGCUCAAGAACUUAGGGAGAAAUGGGAGCAAACCAACCAGUCCAAGAGUGCACUAGAACGACAAGUAAAUGAAUUGACAGGAAGACUAGAUGAGACUUUAAAAGAAAAGGAUGAAAAUGACCAAAAACUAGAAAAACUUAUGGUUCACAUGCAAACUGUCUCUAAAGACCAGGAAGCAUUGUCGUUAGAACUGAAGUCUCUAUAUGAGGAAAAUAGUAGAUUGUGUUCUGAAAAGGACCAGUUGAGUAGGGAUUUGGAAGCUCUUCUGUCUCAAAAGGAAGAUUUUACCCUAAAAGAACAUACUACUGAAUUAGAAAAGAAACUUCAGUUAACAGUUGAAGAGCGAGAUGACUUAAAUAAACUGUUUGAAAAUGAGCAAGUUCAGAAGUCCUUUGUCAGAACUCAGCUGUAUGGUAUUCUUAAACAAAUGGGGUCGAGUGUUUCAGAAGAAAAUGAAGAAGAUGUUAGACUUGUCCUACAAGCUGUAGGUGAAUCUUUAGCAAAAGUAAAUGAAGAAAAUCACAACUUGGUUUUGCAGUAUGUUGAAAGGGUGUUAGAAUUAGAAAAAGAAACUAAGUGCCUUCAAGAAAAGGCCACUCAUUGUGAAGAACUUAGGUCUUUACUGAGGGAUUAUGAGCAAGAGAAAGUUCUCUUAAGGCAAGAGUUAGAAGGGACAUUGUCAGAAAAAGAGGCCCUGCAGUUUGAUCUUUUAGAAAUGAAGAAUGCUAAUGAGAAAAUAAAGCUUGAAAAUCACAAUCUUUUAAUUCAAGUUGAGGAAGUAUCUCAUAUAUUGCACAGCAAAACUGAAGUCCAUGCUGAAAAAUCUAUACCAGAACAUGAAGACCUAAGGCCAUUACUGGAACAAAAAGAAUCUGAAUUGCAAGAUGUAAGGGCAGAGUUGAUGUCAUUAAAGGAUUCCCUAGAGAAAUCACCUCCUGUAAAAUAUGAUCAACUUUCUUCAGUCAAAGAACUGGAAGAAAAAAUAGGAAAUCUGGAAAAAGAAUCCAAAGAGAAGGAGGAAAAAAUAAGUAAGAUAAAACUAGUUGCUGUGAAAGCAAAGAAAGAAUUAGAUUCUAGCAGAAAAGAGGCCCAGACUCUAAAGGAAGAACUCGAGUCUGUUCGGGCAGAAAAGGAUCAGUUGUCUGCAUCCGUGAGAGACCUUAUUCAGGGAGCAGAGAGCUAUAAGAAUCUUUUAUUAGAAUAUGAUAAGCAGUCAGAGCAGUUGGAUAUGGAAAAAGAACGUGCUAAUAAUUUUGAGCGUCACAUGGAAGACCUUACAAAACAAUUAAGAAAUUCAGCUUUUCAGUGUGAAAAAUUAAGCUCUGAUAAUGAAGAUCUCCUGGCUCGUAUUGAGACACUUCAGUCCAAUGCCAAACUAUUAGAAGUACAGAUUUUAGAAGUCCAGAGAGCCAAAUCAGUGGUGGACAAAGAACUGGAAGCUGAAAAGCUUCAGAAAGAGCAAAAGUUGAAGGAACAUGCCAGUACCAUAAAUGAGCUUGAAGAACUUCAGCUGCAACUCCAAAAGGAAAAGAAGCAGCUUCAGAAAACGAUGCAAGAAUUAGAGCUGGUUAAAAAGGAUGCCCAGCAGACUACACUGAUGAACAUGGAAAUAGCGGACUAUGAGCGUUUGACAAAAGAACUAAAUCAGCAGUUAACUAAUAAAAACAGCAAGAUAGAAGAUUUAGAGCAAGAAAUAAAAAUUGAAAGACAGAAACAAGAAACCCUACAAGAAGAAAUGACCUCACUCCAGUCUUCUCUGCAGCAGCAUGAGGAAAAACACACCAAGAUCAAGCAGCUGCUUGUGAAAACCAAAAAAGAGCUGGCAGACUCAAAGCAAGCAGAAACUGAUCAUCUCAUUCUUCAAGCAUCCUUGAAGGGCGAGCUGGAGGCAAGCCAGCAGCAAGGAGAAGUCUACAAAAUCCAGCUGGCUGAGGUGACUGCAGAGAAACACAAGCUGCACGAGCACCUGAAGGCAUCUGCUGAGCAGCACCAGCGUGCUCUCAGCGCCUUCCAGCAGCGUGUGGCUGCGCUACAAGAGGAGAGCCGCACUGCCAAGGCAGAACAAGCUACUGUAACCUCAGAAUUUGAGAGCUACAAAGUCCGAGUUCAUAAUGUUCUGAAACAGCAGAAAAAUAAAUCUGUGUCUCAGGCUGAGACUGAGGGAGCGAAGCAAGAAAGGGAACACCUGGAAAUGCUGGUUGACCAGCUGAAGAUCAAACUACAAGACAGCCAGAAUAACCUGCAGGUCAGCACAUCGGAGCUGCACACACUGCAGUCAGAGCAUGACACCCUGCUGGAGAGGCACAACCGCAUGCUGCAGGAGACCGUGGCCAAGGAGGCAGAGCUGCGGGAAAAGCUGUGUUCUAUUCAGUCUGAGAACUUGGCAAUGAAGUCUGAGCAUGCACAGACAGUGAGUCAGCUGUCAUCCCAGAGUGAGGUCCUCCGCAGCAGCUUCCGAGAGCAGAUGCGGCACUUGCAAGAAGAACACCGGAAGACGGUGGAGACCCUCCAGCAGCAACUCUCCAAGGUGGAAGCUCAGCUCUUCCAGCUCAAGAGUGAGCCAACCACACGAACCCCAGCUUCUUGCCAGCCUUUGAAGAACCUGCGAGAAAGGAGGACCACCGAUCUGCCCCUUCUGGACAUGCAUGCAGUGACUCGGGAGGAGGGGGAAGGAAUGGAGACAGCAGACACUGAGUCUGUGUCUUCCACCAGCACUUAUGCACCCUCACUGGAGCAGCUGCUCAACUCUCCUGAGACAAAGCUUGAAUGUCUUAUAGAGCCUCCUUUGUGGCAUGCUGAGUUUACCAAAGAAGAGUUGGUUCAGAAGCUCAGCUCCACCACAAAAAGCGCGGAGCACUUGAAUGGGCUACUACGGGAGACAGAGGCAACCAAUGCCAUCCUCAUGGAACAGGUCAAGCUUCUCAAAAGUGAAAUACGAAGAUUGGAAAGAAAUCAAGAGCGAGAGAAGUCUGUGGCCAACCUGGAAUACUUGAAGAAUGUCUUGCUGCAAUUCAUUUUCCUGAAACCUGGCAGUGAGCGGGAGAGGCUCCUUCCAGUCAUCGACACCAUGCUGCACCUCAGCCCAGAAGAGAAGGGGAGGCUUGCCACCGUGGCACAGGGCGAGGAAGAAAACGCUUCCCGCUCCUCCGGAUGGGCCUCCUAUCUGCAUAGUUGGUCUGGCCUUCGAUAGAUUGAUGGGGAGGUGGUUCCUUAUUAGCUGAAUGGGACCUGUCUGGAAAACCUGUUCAUGUAUGUUGCUGUCCCCCUGUCAAAGUGUGUUUGUGUCCACGUCCUCCUCUCUUCUAUGUAUGUGUCACAGAUGGGUUGAAUAUCUCAGCCUGGGGUGAAAGCACCGCAGCUUCAAGUGUUGACCCCAGUUCACUGCCACUGCUGUGGCCCCGCACCUGGGCCCCAGGGCACCACCAGGAAUAAGGCUGCUCACCCCCUUUGCCACUUCUGCACCUGACCCACUCCAGAUAGUCCUGUGAGUUUGAAAGUUAAUAAAUUGCUGAGAAAAUCUAGCAGUCACAGAAUGAAGGAAAGUCAUUUACUGGUAAAGAGGACUUACGUUGAGGCCAGCUGAAGUUGCAGUUCAUUUUGUCAUCCUCUGAAGUACACUGCCACCCUUUCUACAUAGUCCACCACCAUCCACAGUCCAGCUGGUGUGACUGUACCUGAGGGGUGGCCUAGCCCUUGGAGACACUUCAUAUAUGGUCUCCCAGGCUCACAUAGGUGGUGCCAUUGCUCACCAGCCAGGAGUCUGUCUCCACCUUUUCUCCACCUCCCAGAUAAAAGCUCAAAGCAGUGCUACCUGACUCAGCCUCAGACUUUAGAAAGUCGCCACAGGCUGCUAUAUGAUAGAGAGAGUGGUGUUUCUGGACUUCGAUACUGCUGAGUAUGUUUUAUUGGCAGAAUCAAAGCUGUGUACUUAAAGUUGAGAGUUCUGUUUUUACUGUUUAUGUGUGAGUCACACACAAUGUGCCCUCAGAAGUCCUCAGGCCUUGCAGUUAAUGCUAUGCUUCCAGACUCUGCUGGAGAACUGACCCUGUACUUGAGCUCCUGGGAAAUUGGUUUCUAGCUUAGUGUACUGGAAGUCUGCUGCUGACAUGUCAAGUUUGUCCUUGUAAAGGAUUCCCUUACUUCCAUCCCUCCUCCUGUCUUACAAGAACAGACCUGCCUGGUGAAUGUAUUAAUGAAGAUGGAUCUAUUUCAGAGCUGACUCUAAAAGUCUAGUUUUUUUACUUAAUAAACUGUGAAUAUGAGUAACUAUUAAUUACAUAUGCUGUAACUAUUAAUAUUUAAAUAAAUUUCGCUUUUUCUUUGAGCCUCCUCCUUUCAAAGUCUAUAAACUUACUUUGAAAUAUAGCCUGUACUUAUGAAUGUAAUAACAAAAAUACCUUUUGCAUGUAAAUCUACUUUGAUUACAAAGGCAUACUCUUU